AUCAUUCCCUCGAUCUCGGCUCUCGCAGUCACGUGCCACACCUCUGCCUACACAGACCCCAUAAUUAUUAUUUAGAUAUCUGUUAACGUCAAAGGAGUUAAACCUUCACAGCAUGCUGGGGUUGGUGCUGUGGAUGGUGUUUGUGGGUUGCGUAGUGUGGGCGUGUGUGGGCAGUGCAGUGUGCAUGUGUGUGGGCAGCGUGGUGUGCACAGGUGUGGGCGUGUGGGUGGCGUGGUGGAUGCUCCUUAAACCCACACCACCGCCCACACAAGCUAUUCUACCUUACACGCGGAAAUCGCUCUUCUACCCGCUUAAGGUCAUCAUCUUCUAUUGUUUCGUCAAGCUCAGGAAGAAAAGUGGAAGAUUUAGUAAGGGAGCGGGCUAUGGGUCGAGGUCUUACAGCAGAGUAGAGAUGAUGGAGAGGCCUCAGCCCCUCCACCCAAACCCCAAGGCCAUAGACGCUGUAUUCUUCUCUGGAGCAGCUCAUGGCUGGGGCAUCAUCGUGGCCAUGGAGAGACGGCCCGCCAGGCUCGCAUCUGCCCUCAUCUACCUCAAGGUCCCUGGCAGAGGCCUUCUGGUGAGCCCCAAACACCCUGACACAAUUACCUUUAGGGACGAGAAAGACGAAGAUAAGUUUGCUACAGGUAACAUUACCAUAAUGCCAGAGUCACCCAUGAAAGUCUGGAGACUCAAGUUCUCUGGUAAAUUAAGACCACACGACCAACCUGAGGGUGACUCUGUUGAUGUUAAGGUGGACCUUCUGUGGACUUCUAACCUCCCUCACUUUGAUUUUGACACUGACAUGGAUAUAUUAACUACUGCCAAAGCUUUUGCCAAUGAAGCCUGGAGCAAGGAGUACUUCACGUUUCUUAGAAAGCACCACCAGACACACUACGAGCAGAUGGGCCAACUUGAAGGCUCCGUGUCCAUUGAUGGAGCCUCGUCUAGUCUGCUGCUCCCGUCCUUCAGAGACCACUCUUAUGGCAAGAUGCGGGAGUGGCGUCUGAUGCAUCGCUACGUGUUCCACCAUAUCUUCCUCCAGGAUGGUUCCAAGGGUGUCGUUGGUGUCGUCUGUCAGCCAUCCACCUGCUCCAGGCUAAUACUAGGCCACUGGUGGACAGUGCUUGGUGAGGGAGCUGCCGUCACCAGUAUGGAUCUCCAGCUGCACCAACAUGGUGAGAGAGGCACACCACCCACCGAUUAUGCCUUCUGCUUUACUGCUGGCGGAGUGGAGUACCUUGUGGAGGCCCAGGUGGAGGUGUCGGCCCAACACUACCUAGGCUGGGACUGGGAGGCCCGCAUGCUGGAGACGUGGGUUACGUAUCGGGUUAAUGGCGUUGAGGGGUCUGGGAUCUGUGAAUGGAACUAUUGUCAUGGCGGUGGUCGACCUGACGCCCUCAACAGCGCUGACCCAGAGUGGGCAAUCAAGUAUCGUCCUCGGUACCUGGCUGCCUAGUCAUGGCGGAAUGCAUGUUGAUGCUGUAGUAGGAAGAGAAGCUCCCUCACUAUACCAUGUCAUGUUGGGCCUGGAGUCAGGUACUGGAACCGGUUAGGUUAAUUAACGUCAUGCGUAUUUGAGCGGGUGGCUUGCGUAGUUAGCGUUCCAGGUAUCACCACAAGCAGGUUAAGGUAAGGCUUGUGUAUGUUCCGCUUUAGUGUAUUAUACUCACCAUAAUUAGUGUAUCUUCACUAUUAUUCACGUUUAGUCAAUAUUAGUGGUGAAUAGGCACCGUUGUAUUAUAUCACUUGUAAAUAUUAAUAAUAUUACCAAGUCAUCAGCAAAUGUUGUUCACACAAACAAUAAAACCUAUCAAUAGA